GGUGAUCGUGUGCACCUUAUUUUUUUUACCGGUUCUGCCGUUUUUCCUUCGUAAACGGAAAGAUUUAUAACAAGGAAUCUGAGCGUACACCCAGCGAGGAGGUUCUGAGCCAAAGCGGUGGAUCUAACUGUUGCACUUUGAAUACAGACAUGAACUACUGAAACUGCGACAAGAAGAAAAUCUGUAAAAGCUUGAGCUUCGGAAUCAUGGCGCUCUCCUGGUUGUUGACAUUUUUUGUUGGAUUUCUAAUAAAGACAGUUGCACCGAUCCCCGUGACCCCGUCAGAGCAACCUCUGGAAACUGGGACCUUCCAGGUAAAGGAUACAAGCCUGACCCAUUUGACUGUGAAUCGCAGGACAGGUGAUGUGUUCGUCGGUGCGGUGAACAGGAUCUACAAGCUCUCUGAAAAUCUGACAGAGCUUCGCUCGCACCAGACCGGGCCUAUGGAAGACAACGCCAGGUGCUACCCCCCACCCAGCGUCCGAGCCUGCGGCCACAAGCUGGAACCGUCGGAUAACAUCAACAAGCUCCUGCUGAUCGACUACGCUGGCAACCGGCUUGUGGCCUGUGGCACCGUCUGGCAAGGUGUGUGCCAGUUCUUACGGUUGGAUGACUUGUUUAAGCUGGGCGAGCCUCACUUGCGCAAAGAGCACUACCUGUCGGGGGCUCGAGAGGCGGACGGCAUGGCAGGUGUUGUCGUGGGCGACGACGACGAUCCAAAGAGGAAAAGAAAGAAAGGAGACGCACGUCUUUUCAUUGGCGCCGCCAUCGAUGGCAAGUCUGAGUAUUUCCCCACACUGUCCAGCCGCAAACUGGUGGAAAAUGAGGAAAGUGCCAGCAUGUUCAGCCUGGUCUAUCAGGAUGAGUUUGUCUCCUCACAGAUCAAGAUCCCUUCAGACACGUUGUCGCUCUACCCCGCCUUUGACAUCUACUACGUCUACGGUUUCGCAAGCCGCACUUACAUCUAUUUUCUCACUUUACAACUCGACACCCAGCUCACACAGAUGGACGCCACCGGCGAGAAGUUCUUCACUUCCAAGAUCGUCCGCAUGUGCUCCAAUGACACAGAGUUCUAUUCCUACGUCGAAUUCCCGCUCGGUUGCACCAAGGAUGGUGUGGAAUACCGUCUAGUUCAGGCUGCAUACAAGCACCGGCCUGGCAAGAUCUUGGCCCAGGCUCUGGGUCUCUCCGAGGAUGAAGACAUCCUCUUUGUGGUGUUCUCACAAGGCCAAAAGAACCGGGCGAAUCCCCCACGAGAGACGGUGCUCUGUCUGUUCACCCUCCAUCAGAUCAACCUGGCCAUGCGUGAACGGAUCAAGUCCUGCUACCGCGGCGAGGGGAAGCUGUCUCUACCAUGGUUGCUAAAUAAGGAGCUGCCUUGCAUCAACACGCCAAAGCAGAUCGGCGAUGAUUUUUGCGGACUGGUCCUGAACCAGCCUCUCGGUGGGCUGCGUGUCAUUGAAGGGACACCAUUAUACGACGAACGGGUGGACGGCAUGGCCUCGGUGGCUGCGUACACAUACAGGGAUCAUACCGUGGUGUUUGUGGGGACACGGACAGGCCAGCUCAAAAAGAUCAGAGUGGAUGACGUUCCUCCACCUUCCCAGAAUGCUCCGCUGUAUGAGACGGUUACAGUUGUGGAAGGGAGCCCGAUCUUGCGUGACAUGGUGUUCAGUCCGGACUACCAGUACAUCUACUUACUGAGCGACCAACAGGUGACUCGUCUCCCAGUGGAGAGCUGUUCCCAAUACAGCAACUGUAAGAGCUGUUUGGGCUCUGGUGAUCCUCACUGUGGCUGGUGUGUCCUUCACAACAAGUGUUCCAGAAAGGAAGCGUGUCCGAAAUGGGAGGUACCACAGCACUUCAGUACGGAGCUGAAACAAUGUGUGGACAUCACCGUUACCCCCGCCAACAUGUCCGUGACAACAGCAUCUACCCAGCUGAGCGUGAAGGUGGCGAAUGUGCCGAACUUAUCUGCAGGUGUGACGUGUGUGUUUGAGGAUCUCAGCGAGAGUGCCGGUGAGGUGCUGCCUAAAGGACAAAUCCUGUGCAUGUCCCCGUCUCUACGUGACGUCCCCACGCUUACUCUCGGAUACGGAGAUAAACGAGUGGUCAAGCUCUCACUUAAAUCUAAGGAGACCGGGCUGAAAUUUAUUACCACCGAUUUUAUCUUCUACAACUGCAGCGUCCUGCAAUCAUGUUCGUCAUGUGUCAGCAGCCCCUUUCCCUGCAACUGGUGUAAAUAUCGGCACAUCUGCACCAACAACGUGGCCGAGUGCUCUUUCCAGGAGGGUCGAGUCAGCAGUGUGGAGGGAUGCCCCCAGAUCCUACAAAGCAGUGACAUUCUGGUUCCAGCAGGCAUAGUUCGGCCGGUCACACUGCGUGCCCGGAAUCUCCCCCAGCCCCAGUCAGGUCAGAAGAACUACGAGUGCGUGUUCAACAUUCAGGGAAAGGUUCAGCGCGUCCCAGCCGUCCGCUUCAACAGCUCCUGUAUACAGUGCCAGAACACAUCGUACUGGUAUGAGGGCAACGAGAUGGGUGACCUGCCUGUUGACUUCUCCAUUGUCUGGGAUGGUGACUUUCCCAUCGACAAACCUCUCAUGCUAAAAGCCCUCCUGUAUAAGUGUGAGGCUCAGAGGGACAGCUGUGGUCUCUGUCUGAAAGCUAACAGCAUGUUCGAGUGCGGCUGGUGUUUGGCUGAUAAGCGUUGUCUCCUGAAGCAGCACUGCCCUGCGCCCGAACACAACUGGAUGCACCAGGGCCGCCGAAAUGUGCGCUGUAGCCAUCCCCGAAUCACCAAGAUCCAGCCACUGACUGGUCCGAAAGAGGGGGGCACGCGAGUGACAAUCGAGGGAGAGAAUUUGGGGCUGCAGGUGAGAGAGAUCACAUACGUGCGGGUAGCCAGCGUGCGAUGUAACCCCAUCGCUCAGGAGUACAUCAGCGCUGAGAGGAUUGUGUGUGACAUGGAAGAGUCUCUGAUGGCGAGUCCCCCGGGUGGUCCAGUCGAGUUGUGUAUUGGUGACUGCAGUGCUGAAUAUCGUACCCAGUCGUCACAGACGUAUGCAUUCGUGACACCCAGUUUCAGUCGCAUGCAGCCAGAUAAAGGACCUGUGUCAGGAGGAACCAGGCUGACUAUAUCUGGCAGACAUCUGGAUGCGGGCAGUGCUGUCACAGUGUUCCUCGCCCAGGAGCCAUGUGUCUUUGUCAGGAGAACCAUGCAGGAGAUUGUGUGCAUGACGCCAGCGUCUGCACAGGGCACGGGAGCUUCGUCUAUAAAGCUGUUCAUUGACAGAGCUGAGAUUAACAGCGACCUGCGCUAUAUGUACACAGAGGAUCCCACUAUCAGCAGCAUUGAGCCCAGUUGGAGCAUCGUCAAUGGCAGCACUUCUUUGACAGUGAUGGGAACCCAUCUGCUCACCAUCCAGGAGCCCAAAGUCAGAGCCAAAUAUGGAGGAGUGGAGACCACCAAUGUGUGUUCGGUGGUGAACGAUUCUACUAUGACCUGCCUCGCUCCUCCUAUCGUCUACACGAAACGCCAAAUUCCUGAGAACGGAGUUCAUCUAGACGAGUUCGGCUUCAUCCUGGACCACGUCUCUUCCGUCCUCAUCCUUAAUGGCACCCCUUUCACUUACUACCCCAACCCAACCUUCGACCCACUUGGGAACGCUGGGAUACUGGAGGUCAAACCUGGCUCUCCCAUCAUCCUCAAGGGCAAGAACCUGAUUCCUCCUGCCCCGGGUAACGCUCGACUUAAUUACUCGGUGAUGAUUGGAGAAACGCCAUGUCUGUUAACCGUCUCGGAGUCUCAGCUGCUCUGUGAUUCACCAGAUCUCACAGGAGAGCAGCGUGUAUUGAUUUUGGUCGGUGGGUUGGAGUACUCGCCCGGCACGCUCCACAUUUAUUCUGACAGCACGCUGACGCUUCCCGCCAUCAUUGGGAUCGGGGCAGGCGGAGGCGUCCUUCUGAUGGCCAUUAUUGCUGUGCUGAUCGCCUACAAGAGAAAAACCCGGGACGCAGAUCGAACCCUCAAACGCCUGCAGCUUCAAAUGGACAACCUAGAGUCCCGUGUGGCACUCGAGUGCAAAGAAGCAUUUGCUGAACUGCAGACAGACAUCCAGGAGCUGACCAACGACAUGGAUGGUGUGAAGAUCCCAUUCCUGGAGUACCGCACCUACACCAUGAGGGUGAUGUUUCCUGGCAUUGAAGAGCACCCCGUUUUAAAGGAGCUGGAUUCUCCAGCUAACGUCGAAAAGGCCUUGCGUCUUUUUAGCCAACUGCUGCACAACAAGAUGUUCCUGCUGACGUUUAUACACACACUGGAGGCGCAGAGGUCUUUCUCCAUGCGUGACCGAGGCAACGUGGCAUCCCUGCUAAUGGCAGCUCUACAGGGUCGAAUGGAAUAUGCCACCGUGGUGCUGAAGCAGCUGCUCGCUGACCUCAUUGAGAAGAACCUGGAGAACCGCAACCACCCCAAGCUUCUUCUAAGACGAACUGAAUCUGUGGCUGAGAAGAUGCUCACCAACUGGUUCACGUUCCUCCUGCAUCGCUUCCUCAAGGAAUGUGCUGGCGAGCCUCUGUUCAUGCUAUACUGUGCCAUAAAGCAACAGAUGGAAAAGGGUCCAAUCGACGCCAUCACAGGAGAGGCGCGCUACUCCCUCAGCGAGGACAAGCUAAUCCGACAGCAGAUCGACUACAAACAGCUGACUCUGAUGUGUAUUCCUCCGGAGGUCGACGCAGGUACAGAGGUACCAGUGAAGGUGCUGAAUUGUGACACAGUCACUCAGGUGAAGGAUAAACUACUGGAUGCUGUGUAUAAAGGAAUCCCUUACUCACAGAGGCCACAAGCUGAUGAUAUGGAUCUGGAAUGGAGACAGGGUCGACUGACCAGAAUCAUCCUUCAGGACGAAGAUGUUACCACUAAAAUCGAGAGCGACUGGAAGAGACUGAACACACUGGCACACUAUCAGGUGACAGAUGGUUCAGCGGUGGCUCUGGUUCAGAAGCAAGUGUCUGCGUACAACAUCGCCAACUCAUUCACAUUCACACGCUCGCUCAGUCGAUACGAGAGCUUGCUGAGGACGUCUAGCAGUCCAGACAGUCUGCGUUCUCGAGCACCUAUGAUCACGCCAGACCAGGAGACGGGCACUAAGCUGUGGCACCUUGUCAAAAACCAUGAGCAUGCAGACCAGCGAGAGGGUGAUCGCAGCAGCAAGAUGGUGUCAGAGAUUUACCUCACCCGACUUCUAGCAACCAAGGGCACUCUGCAGAAGUUUGUGGAUGAUUUGUUCGAGACUGUGUUCAGUACGGCUCACCGUGGCAGUGCCCUUCCGCUCGCCAUCAAGUACAUGUUUGAUUUUCUGGAUGAACAGGCAGACAAGAGACAGAUCAGUGACCCAGAUGUGCGUCACACCUGGAAAAGCAAUUGCUUGCCUUUGCGGUUCUGGGUAAACGUAAUUAAAAACCCUCAGUUUGUGUUUGAUAUCCAUAAGAGCAGCAUUACGGAUGCAUGCCUGUCUGUGGUUGCUCAGACCUUCAUGGAUUCAUGUUCAACGUCGGAGCACAGACUGGGCAAAGACUCACCGUCCAACAAGCUGCUCUAUGCUAAAGACAUCCCCAACUACAAAAGCUGGGUAGAGAGGUACUACAGAGACAUCAGCAAGAUGCCAAGCAUCAGCGAUCAAGACAUGGAUGCCUACCUGGUGGAGCAGUCUCGUCUCCAUGGCAGUGAAUUCAACACACUGAGUGCACUGAAUGAGCUCUAUUUUUACAUCAACAAGUACAAAGAGGAGAUCUUGACGUCACUGGACAGGGACGGGUACUGUCGCAAACACAAACUGAGACACAAACUGGAACAAGCCAUUAACCUGAUGUCUGGCACCAGCUGAUGGAAU